GAAAAUGAAGAAAAAAACACUCUUAAAGAUGGAUGAGAUUCGACAUGUGUUAACUGAACGUGAUAUUUUAACGGCUACUUCUAAAUCAGAUUGGCUAGUUAAAUUACUCUAUGCAUUUCAAGACCCUGCUCAUAUUUAUCUCGCUAUGGAAUUCGUACCAGGUGGUGAUGUAAGAACUUUAUUGAACAAUUCAGGUGUAUUGAAAGAAGAACAUGCAAGAUUCUAUUCAGCAGAAAUGUUUAUCGCUGUAGAUGCCUUACAUAAGUUAGGAUACAUUCAUCGAGAUCUUAAACCUGAAAACUUUCUCAUCGAUUCAACUGGACAUAUCAAACUUACCGACUUUGGUCUUGCUGCUGGUUCUCUUAACCCUGGUAAGAUUGAAAGUUUAAAACAUAGGUUAGAUGAAGCCAAGGAAGAAGAUUUACAACUCUGGCGUUCGACUGUGGAGAUGAAAACGGUUUAUAAGACUAUGAGACUUCAAGAACCUAGAUAUGCUGACUCGAUCGUCGGUAGUCCGGAUUAUAUGGCCAUUGAAGUUCUCAAAGGUCAAAGUUAUAGUUUCUCAGUCGACUAUUGGUCAUUAGGUUGUAUCUUAUUCGAAUUCUUAUCAGGUUAUGCUCCAUUCGCUGGAGCUUCUCCAGAAGAAACUUGGGCGAACUUGAAGAAUUGGUCUAGAGCUUUAAGACGUCCUCAUUAUGAUCGAGCAGAAGAUUUGAUCUUUAAUCUUUCAGAUCCAGCUUGGUCUGCGAUUGCUGCUUUGAUUAAUUCAAGAGAUAAGAGAUUAGCUUCACUUGAAGCUGUUCGUAGUUUACAAUUCUUUAAUGGAACCAAUUGGGAUGAUAUGAGAAAGACACCUGCUCCAUUUGUUCCUGCUCUAGAUUCUGAAAUCGAUGCUGGUUAUUUCGAUGAUUUUGGGAACCCAGAAGAGAUGAAAAAGUAUGGAGAAGUCUUUGAAAAGGCUAGAGCAGUAGAAGCCGUCAAAGAAAAGGAUGAGAAAUUCGGUAGAGGGGUUUGGGUAGGAUUUACAUUUAAAGGUGGAAAGACUGCUGAGAUGUUAAGAGGAUUUGAUGGGAUGAUGAACAAUGGAAAGGGUGAGGAUGGAGUUUUGGAGUGUAUGUUUUGAAGGAUCAAUUCAGGAGAUAUAUAUAUAUAUAAAACUGGUACUUUUUUUUGCGUCCUUUCUUUUUCUUUCUUUUGGUUCUGUAUUUGAUUCUCUAGCUACAUCCCUCUGUAUAUUUGUCGAUUAUCUUUUUGGCUUCCCUUCCUUAUGCUUAGUCUCAUGUUUCUUUUCUAUCUUUAAUAGAUUCCGUUGAGGUGAUUUGUGUGUUUGUUUGUGUGAUAUGUAUGUUUUUGCCUUCUUUUACAUUUGCUGGCCUAUUUACUCUUUAUAAUAUCUUUGAGUGUUUUUUUGUGUAGUUUUUCUUUUUCUUUUGAUCUUCUUUUUCUUUAGGACAAACAUGCAAAGUCUGGUUCG